CGGUCCAGUUUUUCGUGUUGAAUGGGACAUUCGGUCACACAGGCAAAAGGCUCGCGUCACGGCAUUCUCGCUGGGCUCUAUUUGUUUGGGACGCAUCGUUCGGUUUCAUUUUAAAACGCGUCCUCAACCGAAGCGAACGCAGGUUGAGCUGUGUGUCCGUCAGAAACGUUGCCGUGGUCGUCGCCGUCGGUUCGAGUAUCCGUUCCGGUCGACGCAGAACGCAGCAGCAGCAUCAGUAGGGUCGUGCGAUUUUUGUGCGAUUUUGUGCGCGAUCCCCACACGUGGGGGGGACAGCCUCAACAAAAACAUUUAUAUUUCGCAAACGGAAAGCUACCGGUCGAUUGUGGUUUCGGUUCGGUUUCGGUUUACUUUUUGUUUGCCCGUGCACUUUGUGAAUGUGUGUUGAUUGAAAGCUCAGCAAAGUUUCGUGAUCAUAGUGCGAUCGUCAAAAAAAUGCAUUGAAUCAGUGCCGUGCAGGUGAUGUGAAUAAAAAAUUGACACAUAUUAGUUCAAACGACUUAAGUACAAGCAAGUAGGGUUUAUCAUCAUACAGGAAAACACAUAUCGAAAGCGUAUGAGAAGCAAAAAGGAACAUACAAGAAACAAAGAAGAAUACAUGCUGGCUUGAUAAGACCGAACCGAAGGAAGUACCUUACCGGUGUGUGGACAAGCGUUUUCGUAAUGGUGAAAACAAAGAAGUGAAAACAACAAAUUAAUGCAAGCCAGAGACCCCGAGAAGAAGAGCAAGAAGAAAAAAAAACCUCCAGAGACAGAUUCUGCUGUGCGUGCUUCCUACUCCUUCGAGCUAUUUGGGAUACGAGCGUGUAUGUUCUACCACCGGAACCACGGCACUGCUGGAACACAACAAAAACGGUGAUAAUUAAAAUUUAUUGAGAAUCUAUGUUAAUUUGCCGUUUGUCACCGGGGAGGCGAACGAGUGGAAAACUUAAGUGACACUGAGACCUCAAAGGUGUAACGCGCCUGCUUGUGCGUGUGUGUAUGCGGGUGUGUAUGUGUAGUGUGUUGGUGCUCAGUUCUGGCCACAGUCAGUUGGAAACCAACGGGACAGCAUUGGGAGACAGUUGAAGUUAGGCCGUUAGUCUUCCACUGCUCGACAUAAGUUGCACCCUGUGUAAGACAAAAGAUCGCGAACGAUCUUCAAACUGGUGGUGAGCAAGCUUCGUGUUAAUUAGGAUCGAUUUAUGUGGAAAUUCUCAACGCGCGAUCCGUUACCGGGCAGGUUCAGUCUAUGUUACCUGUGCUGAGUUUGUGUACAUCGCUGUGUAUUGUGUGCCGCGGAUAGCCGAAUUCUAGAAACAGAAGGAAAGUCAUGAUUUUUGACUACCUCGUUUGCUGGCGUACCGUUUAGGUAAAAAUCGUUACGACGGAUAAUUAAAUGCGCGUACGAUAGUGACUGGUAACGGUGUGUGAAGCAUCAUACUGUACUGAACCGCCAUCCUGCAGACAAGUGUGUCCUGAAGUGCGUUUUUUUUCAUUUCUUCUCCCGGGAAUACAAGUGCGUUCGGAAAUUCGCCGCCAUCUCUAGAACUGGUCGAGGAGUGCGCGAAGAUCUCGAUGUUAGUAGGCGGCAGUGCGGUGUCGAUACGUCGCGAAUACUUAGUGAACUUGGUUCUGCCAUCAAGUGAUGGCCAGUAAUGGGGGGACUCUACACGGGGUUCCCCAAAGUGUGUCACAGCAGCAGCAGCAACAGCAACACAUCUGCUCCCAGUGUGGCCUAUACUUUGAGAGUGCAUCAUCGUUGCAGGUGCAUCAUAUGCACUACCAUCAGCAUGACAGCAUGAACCGUUGGGGUUCACAACAGCAGCCCGUAGUCAGUACAACACUCGGCACGACAGCGGUGGCAACGACAACAACUACCGCCACGAUAACAACGAACGGAACUGCACCGUCGUCCACGACUCCGACAUCCUCCGACACGGAGAACAACAACCAGCCCGGUUCGCAUACACCGACGCACACGAAACCGGUGGCGUCACCUCAGCAGCAUCAGCAGCAACAUCACACGACGAUAGCGGCCGCCGCCGACUCGAGUGACAAUCAGCCACCAACGCCACAACCCACCAUAACGGAGCCGGGAACUCCGCAAAGUUACAGUGGUGGUGGUACAUCACCUUACCACUCGCAGCAGCAGCAGCACCAGCAGCAACAGCAGCAAGUAAGCCAACAUCCGCAUCAGCUAGGAUUGCCUACCGGAUCAGCGGGCAGUGAGAUGCACUACCCGAGCUACAUCCAUCCGGGGUACGAUCCGGGCAGUUACUACUCCGGCGGACCUGGUACGGGACUUGAUUAUGGUAGUGGCGUACUUGGUGGACCUUUGCAACCGACCGACUAUAAGUCGGGCUCGUCGGUAGUGUCCUCCGCCCGGUACCAUCCUUACGGCGGAUCGAGCAGCAAUGGCGGUGCACCGGAUGGAUCUUCACCGGCGGUAGUCAGCAGCAAUGGCGGCGGUUCGGCCGGCAUGAGUCCGCAAGUGGUAAGUUCCUCCAAUGGUGUUACCGUAGCAGGUGGCGGCAGUGGAUCUACGGCCACUACAGUAACGACCGUCGCUAGUACCACGUCCCAAUCGUCCCAACCGUCACAUUCGCCACCGAACGGAACGGGUGGAUCGAACAUACCACCCACCCCUUCUCCAUCGCCGAUACAGUGUGAGAAGUGUGGCAUGGUGUGCGAAUCCGAUGAGGCACUGAACGAACAUGAGGCCACGAUACAUUCGAACGUACCGGUACAGUCGGCGCAGGAUCAACAGCAGCGCGUCGAUCAGGUCGAUCUACAGAGCGGUGGUGUUGGCGGUAACUGUUAUUCGUACGGUGCCGGUGCAGGCGGCACACCGGUGUACCCUGUGAAAGAGGAAGCGCCCGCAUCGGACAUUCUCGAUCUCGACUCACAGAAGAUGGUUGGGUAUGGGCCAGGACCUGACGGUGGUCUACUGCCACCGAUGAACUCACUCCAUCCGCUUCAAUCGAUGCAACGGCACCCGAUGAUGUCUUGGCACGAUGCGCACAACUUUAUGGGUCCUCCGUCACUGCCGCAUCCGUCUCAUGGUGGUGGACCCGACAUGAAGCACUCAGCCGCCGUAGCAGCGGCCGCCGCAGCCGCCUACUACCAUCAUCCGAUCAAGUCCGAGUACUCCGCAACGCCAACGAUAAAGUCGGAGUACCUUGGUGGCGGUGGUGGUGGACAUUACGGCGGUACCGGUAGUCCGAUAGUGAAGAAUGAGUACAGUCUGCCGCCAACAUUGCCACCACCGGCCGUAGCACCACAGCCAACGAAUGCGCAAACGAUGAAGCAGUACGCGGACGAGAUGCACGACAAUCAGCUGGCAACCAGUCCGUCCGACUUUCCGAGUACGACAACGCCACAGGAGAGUGGUUCGCAGUACCGUACGUUUGAGCCGGCCACCUCAUCGCUACCGGGCACGGCAGGGCCCACGAAGGGUACGGCUUGGAAGUCGAACGAGGCGCGUCGUCCAAAGACGUACAACUGUACGGCGUGCAACAAGUGGUUUACCAGCUCGGGCCAUCUGAAGCGACACUACAACACGACGCUGCACAAGAAUGCGGUCAAAUCGAGCGGUCAGCCAGAUCCGGCAACGUUACCCAUCAGCGUCCAUCAUCAUCCGGGACGUGAUCCGAACUACGCGAACAAGGGUCGCCGCGGCGGUGCGGGCAAUGGUUCGGGUGCUAGCUCUGGCGGUGGCACUGGCGGUGGAGGAGGCGGAGGAGCAGGUUCGCAGAUCCAGCAGCCUAUACAGCAACCGGUACCACCGCCCGAUCCACCGAGAAGUCCCGAGUAUGGGACCGGUGCGUCGCAGUACGGUGGUGGAGCGGCGGCGGGGUUUUCAACGGCCGGGACAUCGCCCGGCCAUCAGCAUCCGAGCAGCGGUCAGGUAGUCAGCUCGAACCAGUCACCGGGGUUUCAUCACCCGUACGCCGGCGCGACCAGCGCGAACGGCACCACAGCCACCAGCUCCACUUCUUCAGCGGUUCCCCCAAACGGGGUAGCAGGUCCCUCCGUCCAAGUCUCCCAACCGAGGGGCCUGCAGAUCUACUCGAACAGCAGCAACAGCCACAUGGCGGAGCAAAUGGAGCAAGCCACCCAUACCAUUACCACCAUCCUCACGCCCACCACCCAUCUGCACACCUCCACGGUGGGGUGCAUCCCGGGCACCCCGGACACCAUCUCCACCAGCACCCGCACGCCCACGGGCACCCACACGCCCCCCACCAUGGGCAUGGGCUCGCCUCUGCACCAUCCGCAGCAGCAGCAGCAGCCGCCGCAGCAGCAGCAGCCGCCGCCGCAGCCCACCAUCAGUUCAAUGGAGCCCUACCACCACCACCACCACCCCCACACGCAGCACCACACAAUGCACACCAUCUCCAAUCCUUUAACUAUCAGCACCAGCAUUCCAUCCUUCCAAACCAUCCUGCCGGAGGCGCCGAGCUAUCACCUUAUUAUUGGUAAUGCGGUCCAUCAGUAUCCGGGCCAGAUGGCGAUGAUGAGCGGCGAUGGUGCCCACCAACAGUGGGUGGAUGGGGGCGAUGGUUUGAUCGAAUCGACCACGGAUAGCCGUAACGGUGCGUUGGGGUUUCCUCGGUGUUCGGGGGGCGCCGAGGUGUAUCAGGGCGAUACGGCGCCCCCCUUUUCACCUAACGUACCGGACCAGUACCAGCGUCCCAGCAGCAGCGACGGGACAACCACCAUCUUGCCGAACGAUCAGCAGCACCAGCAGCAGCAGCGCUUGCAACAUGGUCAGAUGAUUGGCCACAUCACGCACGGCAACAAGUAUAAGGAGUAUGCGCUCGGACAGCACGAUGUCGAUCCGUACCAGGAGCAGCUGCUGUACCGGGUAGCAACGCCACAGCUGGGAGCUACCGCACCCGCCAUUUCACCGGCGCCCUGCUCCCCGAGCGUCACGUCAACGGAUGUCGGGCAGACGCAGGGACAGCCGCGAGCCGAUUCGGCCGGUUCGAACCGAUCGAGCGCCAUCGGACAGCCCGAGGUACAUCGUUGCAUCGAGUGUGACAAGGUGUUCAACAAGGUUUGCUAUCUGACGCAGCACAACAAAACGUUCCAUUCCGGCGAUAAACCGUACAAGUGCCAUCGCUGUGGCAAACGCUUCCCGUGCAAUCAAUCGUACGAGGAGCAUCUGGCGAAGCAUGGGGGCGAAAAACCGUUCAAGUGCGAACAGUGUCCGAAGCAGUUCAAUCACAAGACCGAUCUGAGGCGGCACAUGUGUCUGCACAGUGGUUCCAAGCCGUACGCUUGCGAACAGUGCGGCAAAGGCUUUAUCCGGAAGGAUCACAUGAUCAAGCAUUCGGAGACGCACCGAAAGAAUGUGACGGCAGGUCAGGAGCGAGGUGGCAACGGGCAGAAACGCACCGGCAAGGGAGGUAACAGGAAGGGCGGCAAGAAGGACAUCGUCGGGCUGGUGGACGAAUGACGAUGGCUGUAUCUUCGCUGUCUUACACCGGAGCUGUGAACAGGCGGCGAUCGAAUGGAUGCGACGGCAACGUAGAUCGCGCCCCACCAUCAACUACCAAACGGGGUGUGUUGCGUAGUGUAAAUGUUUGUUUGUUUCACGAGAUGAAACAAAAUGGGUGUGUGAGUGUGUGUAUGUGUGCAUGUUGUACAGGGAUGCUCAAACGCGUUGCGUUGGCCAUGAGGAGCGGGUGGGGACGAAACAAAAUUCGUAAGUUUAUCCGUAAGCAAAACCGCUGUAGCUGUAAGUCAAGAGCGUGAAGAGUUACCUAUAGAGUUACAUUUAAACCGUACCGGAACAACCGUCUACUACCUGUAAAUGUUAAUUGCCAUCGCCAGCAAACGGGUGCCACGGGGGAGUUUUCCCUUUUUUCGAUUCCAAAUAAAAGCAAAACUAAAAAAAAAACAGAAAAUGAAUCAAAUCGUAAGUGACUAGGAAUGUACAUGUACACCAGCUACCUCAAGCGUAUAAAGUGUCACCGGGACAUUUUUAUGUAUGUUUUUUUUUUUUAAAUUGUUUUGUUGCCUUUUUACAAAUAAACAUAAUCAAACUGGACGAAAAAUUGCCAUUUCCAGGAUAAGAUAGCCAAUCAGAAUGAUAUCGAUUUAUUUUUAGUUAAAUUUCUAACCAAGAAUAGUGAGAACCGUACUGUUCGCGCUAGCAACUGAACGAGUAUUACAUUUUUCUAACUCAGGCAACAGCACAAGUCCGUCGGUGAUAGGGAAGGAGGUUCGCACAUUCAAGAAUUCCUCAAACGCUCGGAACCGAAAAGCGUUCCGGUGCAUAGUAAACGAUUCUACCUCAACAUGAGUAUUGUAUUUUACCAUCUCCAAAAUCCAAGACUAGUGUACAUUGUGGUGAUCGGAUAGGAGGCCGAUUCGAGCAGAUUGUUUAUUUUCUCUCCAAUUAUGUCCUGUGUACAGAUGGAGAGCUUCCUAGAUAUUUUACCACAAUGGUGACGAAUGAAAGCACAGAGAAAAGCGCGUAACCCUGGUGGCAGAACGAAAGUUACCGAGAUAUAGAUACAGGGGAGGAAGAGAAACUGAUGGGAACCUUUUACGAUAUAUUUAUUACUGUACAAUGAAGAGCGGUUUUUCGUAACCGGAAACCUACUAGAACGAUAUAUUAUGUAUUAGCAUAGAUGUGGCAUACACUUUGAGACAUUCAGAACAUUUUAAAGCAAUAAAAGAAAUCUACUGUGUGUAUUUGUACGCGUAGUGUACGUAUUCUUCGUUGAUCGUUUUGUACUGGAUUCCAGUUGUAAUCGAUUCCAUGUGGGUAGAGGAAAAUAAAAGCGGAUGAAAAAGAAAAAAAAUAACGGAACCAUAAAUCGUUUGUGUAAUAUAAAGUAUAGUAGUGUAAAACUAUUUAGAGAAGAGAAUGUCUCAGCUGCCAGCUGUGCUACCUUCGCUUUUUCCUUUUUCUUCCGGGCAGCCCUCCCCACAAAGCCCCACUGUGUGAUUAGGAGCGAGGACGAACGGAAGACAAGAAUCAUGGAGUAGAUCACAGACAAAUUACCUACAAUCACGUACCUAAUCGGAUAAGGAUGUUCAAAGCGCAAGAAGCACGGGAUACAAACAAGGGAGACAAAACAAGAUCACAUUGAAUCCACUCUUCUAUGCGUAACUAUGUCUGUACUGCGUGUGAGCGUGUGUGUGUUGGAUGUGAGUGUAGUUUUUUCCGCUCGAUAGUUUCGAAGCUCGUCAAAUUUUAACAAACCUGAGUAGGAACAUUUAUGAAAAGAAUAAUAUUCUACAUAAGCGAAACAACAGCAAAGAAAAACUGAUAGUAGAAAGAGAUCAAUCCUCAUCUCAUCUUAGAGAAUAUUACGAAAUAUAACGAAUGUACAAAUGAACGAUAAUGGUGCAGUAAGUAAGUAGCAGGGGAAGAAACAAGCAAAAGAAAUCAAUACAAAAAAAAAAAAACAAUAAACAACACUUAAACAAAACUCAAAGUAUAGCUUCCUUAAGCAUUACGGUGAAUGCACACAAAACGAAAAAGAAAUCGUGACGAUGGUACAAAACUCAAUAGUAGAAAAGAAAGGAACAGUGCAAGAGAAUGCCAAAAUGAACAUAACCGUUGUAUAUCAUAGCACGAAACGAAACGAUAUCAACAAGCUAUUAGUGGCACAAUUUAAUCAUCGAACUUACCGCAGCAGCAGGACCGUGCUGUGUUUGUGGGACGCGACACGAGUAGCACGCAUAUACAGCAAACAUAUAAAAAAGCAACAGGCGCAAACUCUUUCCCGAGUUUGUAAGCGCCGGCGUGUGUUAGGUUUUAUUGGAAAAGUGAUUUUGGUGGUACUUUGCGUCAGGGCGUAUGGUUGUGUUUAGAUUAAUUAAUGGUCCGCCAGGUUGAUACGGUGGAACCGUAAACAGUCACCGCAUUUAAGCGAAGUGAGUUACCAAGCGUAUCGAUCGAUCGGUCGGUAUAGAUCGAACGGUAGAUCGAUUCGACUAACGUCAUACUACUAUUAAUUGUCAACGUUCCUAUAGACACGCACCAUUUGGAUUGCAAUUGUCCGUACGGAAAAAGUAGCGUCCGAGUUUGAGUCUUUGUUAGCGUUUCGUUCCGUUGCAGUCGUGUUUUGGUUUUUGCUGGUUAAUGGCAUUUCGGGCCGAUAAUGGGGCUAGAGAGUUGAUGAUGGUAUCUCGCCAGAGAGAGAGAAAAAAACCCGUUGUUCGAAGGUGUUCGUUGGUGUUCGAAGUACACUAAUUAGUCUACCACCAUCCGGGGGAGUGGUGAUCGAGACGGGCCGACGGGUUUGCAUCUGGGUGACGUUGACGUGCUUAAGGUCAAGGCUUCAGGAAUGCAGGCUCGUUAAGCGUCUAUUUCGGUUUGGUUGGUUUUGCGCUCGUUUAUGUUGCCCGCCUGCCCGACCAGGGGCCAGAAUCGUAAGAAAGAGAGCAGAAAUAACGCAAAACUCGUGUACGUGACAGUCUCAAGGGAGAUUUUUUUGGAAAAACAGAAACAGUAAAUGGAAACUUUUGCAGCCAAAUCAGAAAUCUCAGGGAUACUCGUAGAAUUUAAUGUUAGAAUGUAUUUUUAGAGUCUACAGAAGGCGCGCGUCGCCGGACGGUUGGAUGGAAUCAAGUUUCGGAAACGAAAACACAAAUGACUAUCAUAAAACUAAUACUUACGAUUCGAGUAACAUAUCUCUCCAAAUAUGGUUUAAGUUUGCCGAUUGAUUAUUUAGAAUAUUUUGAGCGAUCUUUGAGAUUAGCCAACAACUCUUCCAUUCGGUAGCAGACACGACUCGUUCCAUUAGCUUCACCCAUGGUCGCAUGGUGUUUUUAAUUGUUUUGAAUUUGAUUUGUUUGCUUUAUUUUAUGACGCAUUCUAUGCACACGUUACAAAGAGCGUUCUCGUAACGAAAUACUUUUCAAGAUAAGCGUUGUACACAAUAUUCCUCCAUAUAAUUUUAGCUCUCACACAGACACAGCCAUGAUUUAGAAAAAUAGCAGAAGAAGAAUACUCAACUAGUUACCCAUAGUUACCAAUGUUUAUUCAUGAGUUGGGCAGAAGUUCAUGUAACAAUACAGGAAGACAUGUGAAAAAAGAUACAAACUACAUUACUUCAUAUGCUCAAUCGAUAAAUAAGUUUGUUAUGUAGCAAAAAAAAAAGGAGAAGAAAAACAAAACAAACCAGAACUCGAAGCAACACAUGCGUAUAUACGAAAAAUAUAUAACAAAUCCAAGAUAUGAAAGAAAGCAAACGAAACUUAACAGAUGUGUGUAGUAUAGGAAGAUAGAAUGAAGAUGUAUAGGGAGUGUGAAACAGGAAAGGAAAAUAACAAAAUCUUACAAAAUUAUCAAGAAAAGGAAAACCUACAAACAAAGUAAUUGGAAAAAUCUAAAGAGAUAGUUAAUAAGUGGUUAAAAAAGUACAUGAAAAGUAUAGCAAAAAAAACUUGUACAAACUAACAAAAACAUACAAUCUCAAAAACGGAAAAAAGCAUCAAACCCCUGAUACGUGCAACCGAUUAUCAAUAUUGUUUAAAACAAUCGUUCCAUAUCAGUGAGAUAAUUAGGCUCAAUAUCAAGUGAGUUUUCAUGUUUUGCAAUAAACGUGCGUAUUAAACGAACAUAAACAAGUAAGGUAGAAGCAAACAUAUCCCGUUCCGUGUGAAUCGUUUGGAACUGCACCGAGAAAGAGAGAUGGCAUGAAUAGAAGAAAUCCGGCACAAGAUAAUUGGGUUGUGGAACAAGCCAACAUUUAUAGCAAAAACAAAGGAGAAUUUAAAACAUAGUGAAAUUGGAUGGUGUGUGCAAGGGAUGAAGUUGUAGUCUUUAUUUUCGGAUUUAAUAAUUUGAACGUUUUACGAAACCAUCAAUACCUUUCAGUAUUAGAAUCUGCUGGAAUGGAAGUGUUUAUUUUUAUAUUUCCAUUUCCAAAACUGCUCCAAAAGGGAAGAAAAUUGAGUGAGUAAGACGAUCGGGAAAGAGGGAGCGUCUUCAGUACACGAUAUUACGGCAAAAAGUCCGACCCGGUGCUUUAAGUUUAAGAGAUCACGUUUGUUUUCUUUUUUAAAUAAACCUUAAGUUAUAUGGCUGGAAUUGUUACAAAUGUUUGCGAAUUUAUCUUUAUAUGUUUAUCUGCUCUUUAAGAACCAACUUAGCGCUUAGCUGGUUGGCGGACAAUGAAUUACGCUGCCAUAUACUACUACUUAUCUUUACCAAUUGUUGAGUUUCAUUUGCCAUAGAAUACACACGAACACACACUUUAAUACACAAGCAAAAGUACAGUUAAUGGAAGCUCUUUUCAAGAUGGUAGUUUAAUAAAACACAUGUUGCCAUUUAGUUGUCAGUUGUUCGCUUUUAGUUGUAAUGUAUUUUACCACACAUGUUUAUUAUUAUUAUUAUUAUUAUGAUAGAACCGAAACAAAUAAAUAAAUGCAAAACUCAAUCUCAGGUGUAUGAAAUGCUUAUUCUACGAGCAUACAUAAGAAGAGUACAAUGUAAUGGCAGGGGCAUAGAGCAAAUCAUAAUGCGGAAGGUAAUAGGAAUUUUAAGUGCAAAACACGUAAAGUAAAACAAAACAAACGUUCAGCUGCAAAUGUGUAAUGUAUGGUACUGUAACAAAAUUAUGAAACAAACACAGAACACCCGCACGAAUACAUACGAAACACGUAAAAAAAACAAAACCAAAAUGGUUACAAGUGUAUGGAAAAUGGAAUAAAGCAAAAAUGAUACAAAAUGUAUGUGAAAAAUUGUUGUUAUGGAUGUUUGGUGUGAGUUAGGGGUUAAAGUUGAUGACAAUUGCAAUGCAUGGAUUGAAGAGUUUCUUUCGUCUUGUUAUGAUAAAAGAUGACAAGGUUAUGUUACUAAAAUGACAAUAACUUGGCCAAUAAGGGUUUGGAAAUACUUCGUCUUUCUAUUUUUAUUAAUUUUUCUUGUGAAGAACGGCUGGGCUGGUAUUUCAUUAACUGAUUGAAUUGAUUGGCAUUAUUUUUCAAAUUUUAAUA